AUGUCUGACUUGCCAUGGUUGGUUGUUGGUGACUUCAAUCAAAUUCUUUUUGAAGCUGAAAAGAAGGGUGGUGCCCCUCGGGCACAGCGUGAGAUGGAUGAUUUUCGGGAGGCGCUAGAUUACUAUGGUUUGCAAGAUCUAGGGUACAAUGGAGAAUUAUUUACGUGGUGGAAUAAGCAGGCUGAUCCGGAUGGUAUUUGUGAGCGUCUUGACAUAGCGGUUGCGUCUGUUGAUUGGAUUACUUCAAUCUCACAUGUUGCUGUUUUUAGCCUUCCAAGAGACAGAUUAAAGAAUGUGUUACAGCUCUUUAGAAGUGGUACUAGGAGGAGUUUGGGCAUAUACAGACGAAAAUUAAAAAAGGCAAGAGAAAGAUUGGCCUACUUAGACAAUUGUGCUCCAACUGAGAGAGUAGUGGAGGUAAGAAAAAGAGUGUCAAACAAUCUUGAUGAUUUGCUGCAUUUAGAAGAAAUAAUGUGGAGACAGAGGUCGAGGAUAUUGAGCCUAAGUGACGGAGAUCAGAAUACAAAUUCUUUUCAUAUCAAGGCAUCCAGAAGGAGAAAGAGGAAUUUUAUCAAAGGUGUUUAUGAUGAGAAAAUGGUGUGGAAGACUAAUCCGGAUGAAGUGCAGAGUGUAGCGCAGGGAUACUUCCAGAAUUUAUUCACCUCAAUACGACCUGAGUUUUAUGAAGAAACUAUUGCUGGCGUUCAGGGAGAGUGA